UCACGUGACUGCGCUCUCCUCCCUCUGCGAGAGCAGGAUGCGGUGCGCGCCCGCGCGUAGGCUGUGCACGGGGACACCUCAGUCCUCAUCAUGACCGAUUCGGGCUCAGGAGGAAGGCUUUUCUAAGACGCCGUGCUCGCAGCGGGGAAUCGGUGCAGUUGAAUGCGUAACUUUGACUCUACGUGCAAUCCUUUCCUCCUCCUCCUCCUCCCCCCUUCCUCCUGCUUCUUCUUCUUGUUUUUAUUUCUUUUGCCUUUGCAGGCAUUAUUGAGGUAACUGUGGACGAUGGGCACGCGGGAGUGGGCUGCUGCCCACCAAGUCUGACUGGGUUUUCGGAGGAGAGAAGGAAGAAGAAGAACAUGUAAGACUCCGCGGAUCCUCUCGGAUUCACGGAGCGAAAUGCAGAAAGGGAUGAGACUCAAUGACGGCCACAUCACCUAUCUGGCUCUUUUGGCGAAGAAGGACGGGACGAGGCGAGGUUGCCUGAGUAAGAAAAGCUCGGACAACACAAAAUGGCAUUCCAAGUGGUUCGCUUUGUUGCAGAACAUGCUGUUUUAUUUCGAGAACGACUCCAGCUCACGCCCCUCCGGACUGUACCUGUUGGAAGGAUGCGUUUGCGACAGGGCACCGUCACCUAAACCAUCCCUCUCCGCGAAGGAAUGCUUAGAGAAGCAGUACUACUUUACCGUCACGUUCAAUCAUGACAACCAGAAGGCUUUGGAGCUGCGCACCGAGGACGUCAAGGACUCUGAUGAGUGGGUGGCUGCUAUCACACAGGCCAGUUACAGGAACCUGGCUACAGAGCAUGAGACCCUCAUGCAGAAGUAUCUCCAUCUACUCCAAAUAGUGGAGACGGAGAAAAUGGUUGCCAAGCAACUUCGACAACAGAUAGAGGACGGGGAAAUCGAGGUAGAGCGGCUAAAAUCGGAGAUUUCUGGACUGCUGAAGGACAACGAAAAAAUCCAGUCAAAUCCAGAAGUGCCUCCCAGUGAAGAUGACACAGAGAUCAAGAAGAUCAAAAAGGUCCAGAGUUUCCUGCGAGGUUGGAUAUGCCGCAGAAAGUGGAAAACCAUCAUCCAGGACUACAUCCGUUCGCCCCACGCUGAAAGCAUGAGGAAGAGGAACCAGGUGGUGUUUAGCAUGCUGGAGGCCGAGGCCGAAUACGUCCAGCAACUCCACAUCCUGGUCAACAACUUCCUGCGGCCGCUGCGCAUGGCCGCCAGCUCCAAGAAGCCGCCCAUCACUCACGAUGACGUCAGCAGCAUCUUCCUUAACAGUGAGACCAUCAUGUUCCUCCAUCAGAUCUUCUACCAGGGCCUGAAGGCACGGAUAGCCAGCUGGCCAACCCUGGUGCUGGCGGACCUCUUUGACAUCUUGCUUCCCAUGCUCAACAUCUACCAGGAGUUUGUGAGGAACCAUCAGUACAGCCUGCAGAUCCUAGCUCACUGCAAACAGAACCGAGACUUUGACAAGCUGCUGAAGCAAUACGAGGCCAAGCCCGACUGUGAGGAGAGGACACUGGAGACCUUCCUCACUUACCCCAUGUUUCAGAUCCCUCGUUACAUCCUGACUCUGCAUGAGCUGCUGGCUCACACGCCCCAUGAGCACGUAGAGAGAACCAGUUUGGACUACGCCAAGUCAAAACUGGAGGAACUUUCCAGAAUCAUGCAUGAUGAGGUGAGCGAGACGGAGAACAUCAGGAAGAACUUGGCUAUUGAGCGGAUGAUUGUGGAAGGUUGUGAAGUGCUGCUGGACACCAGUCAGACAUUUGUCAGACAAGGUUCCCUGAUCCAGGUGCCGAUGAGCGAGAAAGGGAAGAUCACCAGAGGGCGACUGGGUUCUCUGUCUCUGAAGAAAGAAGGCGAGAGACAGUGUUUCCUCUUCUCCAAGCAUCUCAUCAUCUGUACCCGCGGCUCUGGGGGAAAACUACACAUCACUAAGAAUGGAGUGGUCUCUCUCAUAGACUGCACACUGAUGGAGGAGCCAGAGGGGACGGACGAUGAGUCCAAAGUGGAGCGCAGUGGCCAGGACAUAGAGCACCUCGACUUUAAAGUGAUGGUGGAGCCCAAAGACGUCCAGCCGUACACCAUCAUCCUGGUGGCUUCGUCCCGACAGGAGAAAGCGGCGUGGACGAGCGACAUCAGCCAGUGCAUUGACAACAUUCGCUGCAAUGGUCUGAUGAUGAACGCUUUUGAGGAAAACAGCAAAGUGACUGUGCCACAGAUGAUUAAGUCGGACACCAGCUUGUACUGCGAUGACGUCGACAUCCGCUUCAGCAAGAUGAUGAACUCUUGCAAGGUGCUGCAGAUCCGCUACGCCAGCGUGGAGCGCCUGUUGGAGAGGCUGACCGACUUGCGCUUUCUCUCCAUCGACUUCCUGAACACUUUCCUCCACUCCUACCGCGUCUUCUCGAGCGCUGACGUAGUGCUGGACAAGCUCAUCACCAUCUACAAGAAGCCCAUCAGUGCCAUCCCUGCACGUUCUUUGGAGCUUUUCUUUGCCAGCAGCCAGAACAACAAACUCCUCUACGGCGAGCCACCCACGUCGCCACGCGUCAGCCGCAAAUUCUCCUCCCCUCCUCCGCUCUCCAUCACCAAGUCGUCCUCGCCCAACCGCCGUCGCAAGCUUUCGCUCAACAUCCCCAUCAUCACAGGGGGCAAAGCCCUGGACCUGGCUGCACUCAGCUGUUCUCCCAAUGGCUAUGCAAGCGUGCACUCCACCAUAUCGCCCUUCAGUAAGACCACCCUCGACAUCAACAAGCUCUACGUGGCCAGCAACGCGGCCAGCAAAAUCCCCGAUGAGGGAGAGACCAAAGCCGAAGGCAAGGCGGAGGAGUCUGUCCCUAACAAGCAAGAAGCAUCUGUGAGAGAGGAAUGUGAUCAGGAGCCAAGACAGAGUGACGAAGCCGAAGCAGAAAUGUCCCCACCCAAAUCACCAUCAACACCCAAGAACGUCAAGUCAAAAAACUCUGAAUUUUCCCUGUUUUCUUUCAACGUUGGCAUGGUGGUGUCAUCUUGCCGGGAGCUGGACAAUAACCGCAGUGCCCUUUCCGCUGCUUCGGCCUUUGCCAUUGCCACCGCCGGUGCCAACGAAGGCACACCAACCAAGGAGAAGUACCGCCGCAUGUCGCUCGCCAGCGCAGGUUUUCCAACAGACCAGAGGAAUGGGGACAAAGAGUUUGUCAUCAGAAGAGCUGCCACGAACAGAGUCCUGAAUGUUCUGCGUCACUGGGUCUCCAAACACUCACAGGACUUUGAGCUCAACACCGAGAUGAAGAUGCGGGUAAUUGGCUUCCUGGAGGAGGUAAUGCAUGACCCGGAGCUCCUGACACAGGAAAGAAAGGCAGCUGCUAACAUCAUCAGGACUCUCACUCAGGAGGACCCUGGAGACAACCAGGUCACACUGGAGGAGAUCAUACAGAUGGCCACGGAGGACUGUAAGACUGAGCCGUUUGAGAGCCACUCUGCCCUGGAGAUAGCUGAGCAACUCACCCUGCUGGACCACCUGGUCUUCAAGGUCAUCCCCUACGAGGAGUUCUUUGGUCAAGGUUGGAUGAAGAACGACAAGAACGAGAGAACUCCCUAUAUUAUGAAGACAACCAAGCAUUUCAACGAUAUCAGCAACAAGAUCGCCACAGAGAUCCUUCAGUGGGACGACGUCAACAUGCGAGUGGGGGUGAUUGAGAAGUGGGUGGCAGUGGCCGACAUCUGUCGCUGCCUCCACAACUACAACGCCAUGCUGGAGAUCACAUCCUCUCUCAAUCGCAGCUCCAUCUUCCGCCUCAAGAAGACCUGGCUCAAAGUCUCCAAGCAGACAAAGACCGUUAUCGACAAGUUACAGAAGCUGGUGUCGUCGGAGGGACGAUUCAAAAACCUGAGAGAAGCUCUGAAGAACUGCGACCCUCCCUGUGUUCCCUACCUUGGAAUGUACCUGACUGACCUGGCCUUCAUCGAGGAGGGAACCCCCAACUACACCGAGGACAAUCUGGUUAACUUCUCCAAGAUGAGAAUGAUAUCUCACAUUAUCAGAGAAAUACGGCAAUUUCAGCAGACGGCUUACAAGAUUGAUUAUCAACCAAAGGUUGCAAAGUACUUGCUGGACAGCAGUACAGCACUGGAUGAGGAGAGCUUGUACGACGCUUCGCUGAGAAUUGAGCCCAAAACUUCAUCAUGAAGAGGAAACUCUCUCUCUCUCUCUCUCUCUCUCUCUCUCUCUCUCUCUCUCUCUCAACCCUAUGUAUCAACUGACCAUUUAUGUAUGUGCACAACAAUUAUAGAGAAGCAGUUCAAUCUCAAUCAAACUCAUUCCAACAGUGAUCUAAAACAUGAAAUAGUUUGUAAAAGUCAAAAUCUAAAGAGACAAUUUCAUAACAUAUAUAUAAUUGAAAAUUAAAUUAAUUAUAUGUAAUUUGGGCAGACAGCAAUUGCAUUGCAAAUAUAUGUUGUGUAUAUUCAGUUCACAGUUUAUUUAUUUAUGUAUUUACAUAUACAAAUAAAUUAACUGUGAACAGGUUAAAGUCGUUACAAGUAAAGUCAUCCCUGAUAACCCUCCAUGGACGACAUCUCCGUCCCGAUGAUGUGCAGAAUAGUUUUCACCUCCCUCAGUAUUUGCUUUACCAUAUUGGGUGGGACGAUGAAGCCGGUCAGCCAGUGUAGAGGAAUCUACAAAAACAGUAUAAUAUAAUGUACAUAAACUAUUAUUUGUAUUAGACACAGUAGGCAGUGCCCUUCUAGUAUGUGCUCCUCAAUGGACUCGUUAGUGUAUUACCGUUAUUAGAGACUGAGUAGAAGCCCAGAGAGGUUUUAUUUAUAUAGUUACAGAGUAUUUAUAUGUUAUUUCUCGUCUUAAAUGCCAUUUUAUGAUCCGUUUAUUUUCCACCACAGAGCAAACAGACGAGAGUAUAUAAAUAAGAUAUUUAGUCACAUUCUUUUGGGAAUGUGCAGUGCGGAAAUUCAACAAUAAAUGUUGGACACAAUUGACACAUAUUGGUCAACACCCACUUUUUUGCUUUGACGUAAAAGUCACAAAAGAACGGCACGCAAGUGCAACUUUCUCCAAACAUGUACCCACACAAACAUUCUUCCUUAAUUCGAUAUAUAUAUAUAUAUAUAUAUAUAUAUAUAUAUAUAUAUUUAUAUUCGCCAUAAAGUAUAGAUCUUGAAUUAACAAAAAAUACAGAUAUCUGUUAAUCCGCUGGCUGCAUGUGCCUCAAAUUUGUGAAACCAUUGAGGUGUCGGUCCUGGUUGACUCGGACACAGAGCGAGACUGGCAGCCACCAACGUUCAAAACUACUAAUUAUUGAAUGUAAUUGAAACGGCGGUUUUGUGUAAACGAUGCCGACCAGCUAACAAAAAGUAGGUUUGACUAAAAAAAAAUGAAAACAGACACUUUUGAAAACUUCUCAGACACAUGAAGGGAGUUCAGAGUGGGGCUACUGCGGAGGCUGACGUUGCUCUGAUGUUUUAUGCAGCUGCGGAGUGACACAGUUUGGAGAUCAGGAAGUGUUUUCGGUUUGGAGAGAUGGGUUUUUAUGCUUUGCAUAUAAUCACCUUAUUCCCCUGGUGGGCAACAUGAUGUGUAUACAGUAUAAGCACCGGGCAGUGUAUGUAGCAGACGUAACCAAUAUUGAGCCACUUCAGGAAGUUAAAUGUCCAGUUUCACUCAGAAAGAAAGAGCAUCGUUUUUAUGGUUAAUCCUCUUUGGCCAGUGCAUUAUGGUUUUGCCUUAAUCAUGAAAUAGCCUAUAUACAAAAGUAUGUAAACUAUUUUGUUCUACAAUUUGCCAAUGAAGCAGAAAUAUUUGCUGUGUACAAUACUGUGUACAGGCAGUCGGAUGCAUUUCCUAAUGUGCAAUGUGUUAAAAACAUAUCCCUUGAAAUGUGUUAUCCUUAUGAUCGUUCAACUCUGUAAUAACUUUUCUGUGUAUGAUACUUUAAAGCAAAUGUUGAAAACAACUUAUAAGUGUAACACAUUCUGUAUCCUGUCUUUUCCAAUGUGUUAGCAGGAACUAUACAGUGGUAAUAUUGUGCUUAUUCUUGGAAUAUUUAUAGGUAUUUUUUACAGGCUUUGUAUAGAAAAACACCUAUAGCUUAAGUGGCAGGCAUGCACCACUUUCACGUGUUCAAAUCAAAUCUAUAUCUAGAACAGUAUGUGUACUGUAUUUAUAUCUCUCCCUUGCACAUGAAUCUUUACCCUCUAACAGGCACAUCAAAUGUUUGCAGUGAGCAAUGCCCAGUGGUAUGAGAAUUAUCUUUCAGUCUGAUUCAACAUCUUGAGUAGUAUUUCCAGUUUUGUAUAAAAGUGUAUUCUUUCCUGAUUACCUCUUGUUAAUAAAUCUAUUCUUUCUCAGGGGGAGAAGUGUCUUCAA